UCUGACCCGCAACUUCAACGGUUCAUGGAGAUCGAGGCCCACAAGCAGAGGUUUCAGCAGGUGGUGCAUGUGAUGACGGAAGAUUGCUGGGAUACCUGCAUGUCCGGAACUCCGGGGUCCAAACUUGAUAGGAAAUCGGAGAACUGCAUUGUCAACUGUGUUGAACGAUUUAUAGACACCAGUAAUUUUAUUUUGAAUCGACUGGAGAAG